GUUGCAGCACAGCUUUUGCUCAAAUGGGUUCCAAAAUUCCGACGAUUGACUUCAGUCACUUCCUCACAGGAUCUGCACAGGAUCGUCAGCGCACGGCCUGUGAAGUUGACAAUGCGCUGAAAUCGGUGGGCUUCUUCUAUCUUGUUGGCCACGGGAUUGAUCAAGAUACGGUUGAUGCAUGUUUUGAGAUGAGUAAACGAAUCUUCGAUCUGUCGCACGAUGCGAAGCAAACUCUUUCCGCAACGCCACACUCAUUCGACCAGGGAUAUCGGGGAAUCGGAAAGGAGACGAUUCGUGGUCAGAAAUGCGUGAAAGAGAGCUUUGAUUUUCGGAAUCCCAAGGACGACACGGUGGGGUUUUGGCCCAAUCAAGAGGAAUUGCCGGGAUUUCGUGAUUUUGCGGCGGAUUUCCAUCAGCUCUGUGCCGAACUGAUGGGCAAAUUGCUGGAAUGCCUCUCAGUCGCGCUGGAUCUGGAAAACGAGGAUUCCUUCAACCAGUACCAUACAGGAUCGAUGCACGUGUCGAGUCUCAUCCACUACCCUGCUGUAUCUACACAGCGUCUACGAUCUGGUGAAGUCAUCCGAAAUGCAGCGCACUCCGACUUGGGUACAUUGACACUGCUUUUUCAACACAACGUUGGCGGUCUCGAAGUUGCCGACAUGAGCUCGACGGACAAGAUCACAACUACUGCUGUCGAAAAAGAGGCGAAUUUCAUAGCCGUUGAUCCGACACCUGGGACAAUCGUGGUCAAUGUGGGCUACCUGCUGAUGCGAUGGACAAACGGGCGGUGGAAAAACGUGGUUCACCGAGUGGUAGAACCUGCGAACUGUAGCAGCACACAGAGCUCCCAAGAGAGCGUGGACUGUGACGAAAUGACCCCGGAGAGAUACAGCAUCGCCUUUUUCGGCUUUCCUGAUGCGGCUACAAUGGUUGAGCCUCUUCAAUCCUGCUGCAGUACCGAGAGGCCGAAGCGAUGGGGCCCGAUCAAUGCGGGCGAGUAUCUUCUCAAGAAAAGAGCAGUCCUGUAUUCCUGAAAUGUUCGCUGGACGAUAGCUGAUACGGUUUCCAUCCUUAUUUGCUCAAAUGUAGUUAUAUAUACCCACCAAGGUCUUUUAACGCCGCACUUCCAAUGGAC